GGAGUUAAAGAAACCUCGGGAACAAAAAAUAACAAUCAGCUAGCGGACCGCCUGUCUUAAUGGUAAACAGAGUCGACAGCCAAGCCGCCGCACUCAGCCGGCUUAGAAACCAUUCAACUGGCCUUCCUAAGCGUCAACGAGAAUCUACAUGGUAUGUCGCCCUGUUAGAAAUAGUAGCCAGAUCUCUCUCAAUUCACAACGCACAUUCUGAAACAAAAUAGUAGAGAGGGUAAAGUACACGUGGAAGAAAAAUAAAUUUAACUGACUGAUCAUAGCUGAUGUGUCUUUAAUGAUGGUUCAACUUGGUCACAACUGACGGCUAAAAUUGAGCUACAACGAAUCAAUGAGAAGAGCCUCUACGUGGUCGGAUCACUUGCUAGAAAUAGCAAAAUUCCCUUACGUUAAAUUCUUACUACUAAAGCGAAAAAGGAACACAUCGGACAGUAUAUUCUCCCUAGAACACAAAAUGGCGUGAUGCCCAUGGCUAGAAGAUACCAGAUCAUAAAGCUUACUCAGUCGGAUAGAUAGAUAGAUAGAUAGAUAGAUAGAUAGAGAGAGAGAGAGAGAGAGAGAGAGAGAGAGAGAGAGAGAGAGAGAGAGAGAGAGAGAUAAAGGCGUUUAGAUUUAGAAAGAAGAGAAAAUGCAAUAAAUAUCGAGUUUAUACAUUUAUGCGAAGCUGACAUCUCUUUCUUGCUACUCUGAGUUUCCUGGUUCUGUUUAUCCAUAAAUUCCUUUGAUCUCCUUUAAUACUUUAUAUUUCUCUAUUCUACACUUCUUUCUCUCUCCCCUCUCUGUCUCCCUCUCUCUUUUUCACUCUCUCUCUCUCUCUCAUACACACAACUUGUGGUCUGUAUCUCUUUAGCUAUCUUCUCAUCAAAAUUAUCUUACGUUUUCUUUCCUUGUAUUUUUUCUUUUCAUUCGUCAACAAAUAUAUAACAAAUGAAUACCUUUCAGUAAAAAAAAAAAAAAUUGCUUUGCUUCGAGCCACGAUAGCAAAACACGAACUAAUAUACUUCGUCGGGUCACUCGUCUGAAGAUAAAGUUACACCACACUCUCAUAAAAAAAAAAUAAGAACUCGGUGGAUGUCAUCUGCUGCAAGGCGAAAUGCCCACGGCUGGAAUACCUGUGAAUGAUUGCCUAAGUCUACAAGAUCAAGGUUGAUCUAGGUUAAAACAACGAUCACAGUAGCAACGAAUGCUGGGUGACAAUGUCAUAACCCACUCGACUAUUGGACAGCAUAAUUAUCAAAGGAAUUAAUUAAGAUAGGUUUUAUGUACGAGUCAUAACAAGGGAAUCAAAACUGCACCAACAACAAAUUCUGAAAUAUUUCCGAGGAAAAACAUACAAGAAAAAUAGUAGUUUUUGUUGUACAUAACAUUAAAUAUAAUCGCAAUAACUUAACUAUUAUUGUACAUGCAGAUGGCGUCUCUGAAUGACUAAACGUAGUGAUUUAUAUUUUCUUAAACGUUGUCUAUAGUUCAGUUUCUGGCAAGGAAUGGAGAGGAAAACGUCCCAGGCAUAUACAAGGAAAAGAGGACAGAUCUAAAGAAAGAAACUAAUGCGACGAUUAGCUUUAUACGAACAAACCUGCCCGCGCGCACACAGACAUAGACAGAUUCCAAUAGAUAGAUAGAGAGAGAGAGAGAGAGAAUAGAAGUGCGCACGCGUUCAUACACAUACAAUAUAUAUAUAUAUAUAUAUAUAUAUAUAUAUAAGCACAAUCAUACGACUUUUCAUAUUAACAUGUAAAUUUACAACUACUACUACUACUGAUAUUGUGGCUACUGCUGCUGUUGCUUCUGCUGCUACUACUUGUGCUACAACUACUACUAUGGAUAUUUCUGCGUUAGCAGACGACAACAGAAGUUCCAAGCAAGCAAAACUUUCGCUUCUCAAUAGACGCAAACUGGAUUUGCUUUUACUUGUGUAACUUGAAAGUGUAACGAAGUUGUUGAGGAACGAUAAUGGAUUCAGUGCCAAAAUGAAAAGAAGUACGGAAAGACUAUCUCCCUGGAAUAUUCCCUUUGAAAUGCCUAUACUAUCAGAAACAAUUAUUCUGUUCUCAGUUGCAAGGGACAAAUGAUACGUCAAAUACCGAGGAACACCAGACUAAACAGAAUUAAUUCGGUACAGUGCGGAUGAAGUCAAGAAUACUUAUUCAAAUUCUUUCACCUUUCCAAAUUACACUUUGAAGAAAAGAAUACAAGACGUGCUUGUAGAAAACGAGCAUAAAUGACAACGACUUUUGAAUUCUAAAUCAUACAAUUCGACGAAAAUGCCAAUUCUUCGGAAACAUCUAAAUUACAUAUCAUCAGCACUAUUUUAUUACCUGAGAAAUUAAGAUAAUUAGUAGAAUGUAACACAUUUACCUCGAGCGGACAGUAUCUCUAAUAUUGCAUUUUAUAUUUAAUAUUUCAUUCUGCUGCACUUAUGAUUCCAUUGAAUCAUUUUUCAUUGAAAACGAUUAUAAUCAAGAAUGUAAUGCAAUAUCAACUUGUCUACAAUACUAUGAAUAUUUCGCAAGUUUAUGCUUAAGCAAGCCUAACAUCUUCUUGAGAACCACAUUGACGACAAUAUAUAUUAAUCUUUAUUACCUUUUUUUAUUAUUUUUCUUAAAACGGUUAGAGAAGGGAAAGUUUAUUUAAUACACACGCAAUAACUGAAAUGUAGUAGAUCGCGAACGUUGAACAGCACAACUAUUUAUCACUUCAUGCUUCCUUGCAUCUUUGUAAGAGUUAAAUAUAUUAAGAAUGAGAAAGAACAUCGCCAUUGAUUUGCUGGUACCACGAACUUAUCUGUGAUAUAGUCUUAAACAGGAUAUUUUUAUUAUCAUAUCCUUUGUGUUAUAUAUUUCCAUUAGUAAGAGGCGUUUGUAUUUCACGAAUUAAACAUGUCCUAUAAAAUGGUAGAUACGAUACGAACUGAGUGAUUAGCGAAUACGGGGUUUAAUUCACGCGUUAAAAUUAUGAGAAAAUAAUAUUUGAUUACCAGCUGAAUAAUUAAUUUUCAAAUCCAAGUGAGGCUUAGAGAGUAAUUAUAUAAUUUAUAAAAAGUAAAAUGUUCGCUGAUUUUCUUUCACGCCAGAACUAUUAACUAUAUGAUCUUGAUACUAAGUUAGUCUCUGUCAAUAGUAUAUAUGAGCAGUGUACAUUUUGAAUUGUGAAACGGAGCGUGUAAAUCAUGGCAGAAGCCAAUUUGAGUGGUAUUCCCAACACUACUGACGGUGGAUCUUCCCUAAAUGAGGAAAAUAAAAUGGAAGCCUAUUCCGUACAUUUCUUCUUUUGGGGAAUCAUUGUUCCUGUUAUAGUUCUCUUUGGUCUAAUUGGCAACAUUCUAACAAUAAUUGUUCUUUGGCGAAAAGAAAUGCACUCCACUACAAUAUACUAUCUAAGAGCUCUUGUAAUCACGGACACGGCAAUAUUAGUUUUUGCAUUCCUUUUGCUUACACCUAUCAGUAUCUCUAACUAUACGAAGAGUUUAAAAUAUUUCAGAGAAAUUAUUUAUCCUAUGAUAUUUGUACCAUGUAAUUAUGUAGUGAUGACUGUUCAAACUAUAAAUGUAUGGAUUACUGUUAGUGUUACUAUUGAGCGGUAUAUUGCAAUUUGUCAUCCGUUUAUUUCUAUCCGAUUACUGACUCGUUGUAAAGCUCUUACUGUGAUUGGAUUAACAACCGCUUUCUCGGUGUUGUAUAAUAUCCCACGUCUGUUUGGCACUAAAGCUAGCCCUUUGAAAUCAGGAGACGGUUACAUGAUUAUACCGACUGAAUAUGGCGAAUCAGAUAUAUACAAGGAAAUUUACAGUGGUUUAAUGUACUCCAUUCUGAUUUUUAUCAUUCCUCUACUUGUACUUUUCGUCCUCAACGUUCUACUCAUCAUUGAACUCAUGAAAAUGCGACAACGUCGAGUUGGAAUGAAUGUGGAAGAAGACAACGAAGCAAACAUGAGUCUUGUUCUGGUUCUAAUUGUUCUUAUCUUUAUUGUUUGUCAAACGCCAGGUUUAAUCGCCCAGUACGAGUUCCUCUCGCACCUUGUUUUGCUUAAAUGGCUAGCAGUUAGUAAUACUUUAUUUAUAUUUAAUUCUUCAGUAAAUUUCUUGGUUUAUACAGCAGUUGGUCGCAAGUUUAGAAAAGUCCUUUUUCGCACGUUCCGUCCAGUUCUCUUUAAAACUCUCGGUGCAUGCCGAGUAGAAUUGUCAAAUGAGGCGGAUACACGAACCACUAUGUAUGAAUUGACAGUACUGAAUGAUCAACAGCCAGAAACAGAUCAAACAGAGAGUGCCUGUCCAUGACAUUUCUCUAAAUACAAUUCAAAACUAUCUAAAUCCAUUGGCUAUUUCAUUCGUUGUUUCCCUUGUUGACUCCUGUUAAUCUAUAUAUGAAAUAUAAAUUAACAGGAGUUAAUGGAAUGCUUUAUAAUUGACAUUUCAAAAAGUAAAUUGCACUUUUCAAUGAAAGGAAUAAAAGACUGAAGCCACAACUGUUUGUCUAACACAGAAUGAAAAUAAACUACUAUGACAACAAGAAAAUGGGAAGAUAAACGACAACGUUAUUUCGCAAAUUUAUUUUUUAAAAGCUUUGGAACUAUGAAAAUUUUUUGUUUUUGUUUUUUAUGAUUUUUUAAUUAAAGUUUUUGUCCUUUU